CGGGUUGGGAAUGAUGAUAAAUACGAAAAAUAGAGUGGAGUAAUUGAUAGAAAUAAGCGGCGAUUUCCCUCCAAUUCGAAGGUGAAAUUAAAUCUGUCCGUUCAAUCGGAGUUGAUCGAUCGCAUUUAAUUCCGAAAGAUGCAGAAGAAGAACAAGGAUGAGGAGGAUGAGCCGUCCUCCUAUAUAUACCCCGAGACUCGCCGCGUUCUUCGCAUCGCUGAUAUUCUACUGAUGGACGCAGACGAGUAUGAACCCCGGAAACUCACCAUGGCGCGGUGCACCACGCCGCCCCGGAUCCUCUCUCGAUGGUUCUCCGCUCUCAAGCGUCGUCGAACAACCAAAAUUCACGCACGGAGCGACAAAGGCGGCGGCAACCAAAUCGCCAGAGAUACAAGGUGUUCGACAAAUGGCCUCUACAGCGAGUGUCACAAUGGGGAGCGGUGUGGUGUGGAUUCGGGCUCGAGCUCGUUCAACUUGGGGGUGGCGUGUGGUUUGCUUUGUGUGAUUGCUGCUGGUAAAAACGAACUGAGCAAGAUGGUGGAACUGCGGACCCAAAUGGAGUUGAUUCUCCAUAAUGCCAAACAAGAAUUGGGCAGUAAGCAGGUGGAGCCUAAUAAUAAUGACAUCAAGUUUACUUCUUUCUCCACCAAUUUCCAACAACAAGCAUCCACCUCUGCCUCUGGUAGCCAGUUUUCUCUCCAAUCUGUUGCCGUCCGCCGCGACGAGUCAUCUGAUUUUGUUGGCAACCAAGGAGAAGGAGAUGAAUAUGUGGCAGGAAUGGGUGAAUUAGAGGCAGAACUUCACGCCGAGUUAGAGAGACUGCAACUCCAAUUGGAUUCAGAAGAUAGUUUCUCCAUUCCAAGGUCCCCGCAGCAGCAAAGGCUAGAGGAAAUCGGAUACAUUGGUUCAAACCGCGGGGGAGUAGGAGACUCAGCCUCAACGGAUUACAGCGAUGAAAUGCUGUGGGGCUGUGGAGUUGCUCCGCUUGAACUGGAGAGGAAAUUACAUCAAGUGCUGGAAACGAGACAAGAGGAGCGGAUAAAAGAACUGGAAGAUGCUUUAGAAUGUGCAGAGCAGAAGCUGCAGGAGAAAGAAAUAGAGGUAUCAUGGUGGAGAGACACAGCAAGACUAAUGUCAGGCCAUGAAUCAGAACUUCCAUAUUCGCGUAAUUAGGUGACAUCCACAUUGUACAGAGGUGAAGUAAGACCAAGCUGGCGGAGCCUAUCGCAUUAUAUGCAGGGAUCAAAGUUUUCGUUUCGAAGAGUGUCUGUCCUAAUAUUUGAAGUGUAGCGGCAGACUAGCAGUGCGUGAUAUGUACGUAGCUAGUCAUGAUUAUAUCUUCUCUUUGUUUUUUGAUCGAGAAUGUAUCAGCAUAGUUUAUUGCCUCACAAUAAUUCUGCAUUGUAAUACAAGCAGCUUUCAUGUUGUUUUUCCAUCUCAAUUCUCAACGUAGUAGCUCGCAAGCCGCAGGCCAUCACAUAAU